GGAGGAGGUGCUAGGUUGGUUGCUGGUUGCUAGCUGCCGCCGCCGCUGCUAGUCCAGCCGCCUGGCCGCUUCAUUGUCACCUGGGCCCGGCACUCAGGGCCAGGGGCGCGAGGUUGCCGGCCCGAAGCCUGGGCCUCGCGCGUCCCAGCUCGGCAAACCCCGCACGACCGCCGCCGGCUGACGCCGCAGGCCCGGCGCCCCAGGCCCGGCCCGCGCAGAGCCUCCUCAUCCGCCAUGAAAGGCUCCCGGACUCUUGCCGGCCCCCCUGAGGGCAGCCCGGAACGUGUGGACCUGAGUCUCACAGGCUUCCCUCCGCCCGUGUCCCGGCGCCCCAACAGCGCCUCUGCCGCCAAGCCCGUCACCCGCUCCAUCUCCGUGGUCACGGGCAGUGAGCCGAGGAGGAAGGCGCUGGAAGCCACAGGGCCUGGAGGCUCCCGGGCUAUCAACAACUUGCGAAGGUCUAACAGCACCACGCAAGUCCACCAGCCGCAGGCCAGCCAGGCGUGGACCAGCCCCUUCAGGCCAGUGGAGACCCCCGACUUCCUGAAGCUCUUUGAGGACAGCCCCAGUGGGAGAAAGAGGCUGGCCAGUCUGAGCAAAGCUUCCAGCGAGAAGGGAGCCACAUGGAAUGUCCUGGCUGACCAGCCCAGGGCCUUCACCUUGCCACCUGAUGACGCCCGGAGUCCCAGCACCCUCGACGUGCCAGUGGGCCCACGGAGGAGAGAGUGCACUGUACCCUUGGCACCCAGCUUCACUGCCAACAACAGGAGCAACAAGGGAGCCGUGGGCAACUGUGUCACCACCAUGGUACACAACCGCUACACCCCCUCAGAGAGGACGCCGCCCCCCAAGAGCUCCAACCACGCGGCUCCCUCCCUCAACAACAUCAUCAAGGCGGCCACCAGCGAGGGCGAGGGCAGCAGCUUCGGGAAGCCACAGAAAAACUUCACUAGCAGCAACCAGGUGGUGCGGAACAACGCCGGGGGUGCCGUGGGCCUGCUCAGACGGAGGGAGGUGACGGAGGAGGAGGCCGAGAGGUUUAUCCACCAGGUGAACCAGGCCGCCGUCACCAUCCAGCGCUGGUACCGCCACCAGGUGCAGCGGCGACAAGCUGGGGCUGCCCGCCUGGAGCACCUGCUGGCAUCUAAGCGAGAGGAGCAGCGGCAGCGGCUGGGAGAGGGGAACCUCCUGGACCUGCACCAGCAGAGGGAGGCCGCCAGGAAGAAGGCCCGGGAGGAGAAGGCGCGCCAGGCCAGGCGGGCAGCCAUUCAGGAGCUGCAGCAGAAGCGAGCCCAGAAGUCAGGUGGCGCUGAUGGUGCUGAGCAUGGGCUGCUGAAGGAGGCCUGGGAGGCAGGGAAGCCCCGGCCUGCCCAGGAGCUGCCCCCGAGGGCAGGGAGCGCCACUCGCCAGCCACACAAGGCCAACAAUGCCGGGGCCGGCUUCCGUACUGCAGGCCCGGAGGACCCCUGUCUGCCUGCCCCCGCCUCGUCCACAGAGCCCUGGCAGUUUCCGGAGGACAAGCAGCAGGACGCCAGCUCCCAGGAUGCAGCUGGUGAGGACUUAGAGGUGGUGGGCCCCGCCAGGGACAGGGCCAAGUCCAGGGCAACCCUAGACGAGCUGCUGGACACGCUGAAGCUGCUAGAGGAGGAACCCGAGCCGCUGCCUCGCCCCAAGGCCUACCACAAGGACAAAUACGCCUGGAUCGACGAGGAGGAUGAUGCCAGCUCCCUGACAGCCGACAACCUGGAGAAAUUCGGGAAGCUCAGCGCAUCCACCGGCCCCCCCGAGGACGGGACGCUGCUCUCGGAGGCCAAGCUGCAGAGUAUCAUGAGCUUCCUGGACGAGAUGGAGAAGUCGGGGCAGGACCGGCCGGCCUCAGCCCCCCAGGGGCUUGUGCUGGAGGAGGGGCCGGGGCGCCUGGAGCCCACGUCUGAGGGGAGCACAUCCGUGAUGCGGCUGAAGCUAGAGAUGGAGGAGAAGAAGCAGGCGAUGGUGCUUCUGCAGAAAGCGCUGGCACAGCAGCGGGACCUCACUGUCCGGCGGGUCAAGGAGACCGAGAAGGAGCUGGGCCGGCAGCUCCGGCAGCAGAGAGAGCACUACGAGGCCACCAUCCAGCGGCACCUGUCCUUCAUCGACCAGCUGAUCGAGGACAAGAAGGCCCUGAGCGAGAAGUGCGAGGCCCUGGUGGCUGAGCUGAAGCAGGGGGACCGGAGGCUCAAGGAGAGGGAGGUCCAGAUGCAGGAGCAGCAUGAGCUGGAGAUUAAGAAACUCAAAGAAUUAAUGAGUGCCACUGAAAAAGUCCGCAGGGAGAAGUGGAUCAAUGAGAAAACCCGAAAGAUCAAGGAGAUUACAGUCCGAGGCCUGGAGCCCGAGAUCCAGAAGCUGAUCGCCAAGCACAAGCAGGAGGUCAAGAAGCUCAAGAGCCUGCACGCGGCUGAGCUGCUGCAGGCGGACGAGCAGGCAGCACAGCGCUACGGGCGCCAGGCGGAGGAGCUCCGGGAGCACCUGGAGCGGGAGAAGGAGGCGCUGGGCCAGCAGGAGCGGGAGCGCGCCCAGCAGCGCUUCGAGCAGCACCUGGAGCAGGAGCAGCGGGCCCUGGAGCAGCAGCGGCGGCGGCUCUACAGCGAGGUGGCCGAGGAGAAGGAGCGGCUGGGCCAGCAAGCAGCCAGGCAGCGGGCCGAGCUGGAGGAGCUGAGGCAGCAGCUGGAGGAGAGCAGCUCGGCGGGUGGCCGGGCCCUGAGAGCCGAGUUUGAGAAGGGGAGGGAGGAACAGGAGUGCCGACACCAGAUGGAGCUGAAGGCCCUGAAGGACCAGCUGGAGGUGGAGAGACAGAUGUGGGAGGCCAGCCGCACCAAGAAGGAGGAAGCAUGGUUGCUGAACCGGGAACGGGAGCUGAAGGAAGAGAUCCGGAGAGGCCGUGACAAGGAGAUUGAGCUGGUCAUCCAGCGGCUGGAGGCCGACAUGACGCUGGCCAGGGAGGAGAGCGAGAGGGCCACCGAGAGCCGCGUCAAGCGCGUCCGGGACAAGUACGAGACAGAGCUUUCGGAGCUGGAGCAGUCGGAGCGGAAGCUCCAGGAACGGUGCGCGGAGCUGAAGGGGCGCCUCGGGGAGGCCGAGGGGGAGAGCGAGCGCCUGCAGGGCCUGGUGCGGCAGAAGGAGAAGGAGCUGGCCGAGGUGAAGGCGGUGAACGAGCAGCUGGCUGGAGAGCGGGGCAGCCUGGCCCAGGUGAUCCGCCAGGAGUUUGCUGACCGGCUGGCGGCCUCUGAGGAGGAGACCCGGCAGGUCAGGGCUGAGCUGGCCGAGCUGCGGGCCCGCCAGCGGCUGGAGCUGGAGCAGCUCACCCGCGAGAAGCAGGCGGAGCUGGAGGAAGUGCACGGGAGGGUGAAGGCGGCUCUGGCAAGGAAGGAGGAGGCCGUGAGCAGCCUCCGGAAGCAGCACGAGGCCGCAGUGAAGCGGGCCGACCACCUGGAGGAGCUGCUGGAGCAGCGCAGGCGGCCGCUCCCCAGUGCCCAGUGACCGCCCAGUGCCACGGAUGGACAGGCGACAGCAGCAGGGCUGGGGGUCCUGGCGUGAGGGGUCAUGGCCCGGCCCCAUGGCUCCCCCUCCUUCCCUGGGCCCUGUGCUCGCGCAUCCCGUGGGUAGAGCACCGUCGCUGCUUUUUAACAGUAAAGAGCUGUUUUUUAAUA